UUUUCAUUAAAUUUCCUUUUUUUUGUUUUUUUUUUCUUUCUUUCUUUCUUAUAUACCAUACAUAUACAAUAAUAAUGACAAUUCCCAACUUUUUUAAUAAAAAGAAACAACAACGACACUCAUUUAUAGAUGAUGAGUUGCACGCCUUUGACUUGACUUGGCGAAAUUAUAUUCCUUCUAUUCCACAAUGUUGUUGCUUUUUUAAAAAUAGAGGUGGCGGCAUUCAACUUGAUGAUGAAGAUGAUAAUCUAUUUAUUGAAUCUAUUUAUUAUAAUGAUAGAGAUAUGAACUCUUUUACAAGAGAAGUUGGACAAAAGAAAAAGAAAAAAUCAAGAAAGAGGAGGCAUGAUGAUAAUACUCUUUUUAACUAUCAACAACAAGAAGAAGAAUUAUAUGAUGCUGAGUUUAUUGGAGAUGAACAAAUUGCUAGUUUAAUCACAUAUAAUAAGACUCAGAACAUGGAUCCUUAUGGUGAAGAAUUGUAUAAUAGUAUUGACAAUAGAGAAGAUCCUAUUAUUAUACAAGAAAUACUUCCAAGACAAGGAGGGGAAUUUUACGCUGCUAGAACAAUACCAACAACAAUAGAACAAAUGAUACCAGAACAAACGAUAUCAAAACCUUUAGUAGUACCAGCGCAAGUAUUCUUAAAUGAUCGAAUAGACGAAUUGACUAAAAAAAUAACUUGUAUUAAAAACACAAUGAUUCAAAUUCAUCCAGAAGCAGUAGCAGUAGAGGAGGAUGCAAGUGCUUUAGAUUGUCAAGAAAGUCAUCCUCACGCAGUCGUAAUGUCUGAUAUUGAUUCAGUUACAUCUGAGGCAUUAGAUCUCUAUGAAACUACCGCUCAUCCAUCUUCUUCUAGUAUUCAAAGAUAUUCAUUGGAUAAACUUCAUAUUCCCUCCUUAGUGAAUCAUACCCCUUUUGUAUCUGAACAGCAUCCUUUUAGCUAUUUUACGGAUGAUUCUCUCACUUUACCACCACCUGACUCUAUUGUAAAUAAUAAUGAAGCUCUAAGUGUUCAAAAUGUCUUUCAUGUGGGUAAAAAAUGGCUUGGUUUUUAAAUUAUAUAAAUACAUGC